GUUGUUGUUUUGAUUUUUUUUUUAAUUAUUAUUAUUAUUUUUUCCUUCGUUUUUAUUUUUUUUCUCUCGCUUUGCCUGCGAUCUCUCGAGGACCUCGUGGCCGUGACGGCGGGACGGAACGAAAAAAACUCCUUUCACACCGACUUUGUGCUCCGUUUUUUAAUUGUCGUUGGCUUUAAUUUUUUUUUUCUUUUUUGCUUCUUGUUUGUGGAAUUUUUUUCGGGGGCUUUUUUUGUCAGUUAUUUUUUUUUUUUACUUUCAUCUCCCCGCUUCCCCGCACCACACAUUCGAUUUGAUUUUGAAUUUUUUUUUUUUUUUUUUUUUCCUGCGGGACUUUGGAGGAAAAACUGCCCGGCUUCUAGCAUGAUGUCUUACCUCAAACAGCCUCCUUACGGCAUGAACGGGCUGGGGCUGACGGGCCCCGCCAUGGACCUGCUGCAUCCCUCCGUGGGGUACCCGGCCACCCCGCGGAAGCAGCGGCGGGAGCGCACCACCUUCACCCGCUCGCAGCUGGACGUGCUGGAGGCGCUCUUCGCCAAGACCCGCUACCCGGACAUCUUCAUGCGGGAGGAGGUCGCCCUGAAGAUCAACCUGCCCGAAUCCCGAGUCCAGGUCUGGUUCAAGAACCGCCGCGCCAAGUGCCGGCAGCAGCAGCAGAGCGGCGGCGGGGCCAAGAGCCGUCCGGCCAAGAAGAAAUCGUCGCCCGCACGGGAGAGCUCGGGCUCGGAGAGCAGCGGGCAGUUCACGCCGCCGGCAGCGGCCUCCAGCUCCGCCUCGUCUUCCUCCUCCAGCUCGGCCUCCUCAGCCCCGGUGGGCGCCCCGGCCUCUCUCAGCACCCCGGCCUCGUCCAUCUGGAGCCCGGCUUCCAUCUCUCCCGGCGCGGCUCCCGCGGGGGUGACGGUGCCCGAGCCGCUGCCGCCGGCCGCCGCCUCCUGCAUGCAGCGGGCCGGCCCCGCCGCCUCGGCCGCCUCCGCCUCCUACCCCGUGUCCUACAGCCAGGGCGGCGGCUACGGCCAGGGCUACCCCGCGCCGCCCUCCUCGUCCUACUUCGGCGGCGUGGAUUGCAGCUCCUACCUGGCGCCCAUGCACUCGCACCACCACCCGCACCAGCUGAGCCCCAUGGGGCCCUCCUCGGUGCCGGGCCACCACCACCACCACCCGCUGAGCCAGAGCUCGGGCCACCACCACCAUCACCACCACCACCACCACCACCAGGGUUACGGCGGCGCGGGGCUGCCCUUCAACUCCUCCGACUGCCUGGACUACAAGGAGCCCGCCGCAGCCGCCGCAGCCUCCUGGAAGCUCAACUUCAACUCCCCCGACUGCCUGGACUACAAGGACCAGGCGUCCUGGCGUUUCCAGGUCUUGUGAGGGACCGGUCACCGUCCCCCGUCCCGAGCUGCCGCUGACCCCGCGCCCGGGGACUCCCCACGGCCUCCUGGGCAGGACUCUGGCUCUUCCUCCUCCUCCUCCUCCCUCUUGGUUAGCGGCGAUGCCCUGGGGAGGUCCCGCCGCCCCCCAUCUCUACUGACUGAUAUUUAUUUGCUUCCUGCGCCGUUACACCAGGUUUAUUAUAAUCGUUAUUUUUUUAAACGCGACAGAAGAGGAGUUUAAAAAAAAAAAAAAAAGAACAAAACGAAAAGAAAAGAAAAUUUAAAAGCCUAGCGUGUCCCCUGCUGCCCCAGCCCAGGGCAGAGGCGCAGGCUGGCUCCUGCCCUGCCAGUGCCCACCCCCGGCUUUGUGCGGGGACCCUCAGCCCCGGCUCGCCGGUCCUGUGCAGCCUCUUGCCGCGGGGAGCGGCGGGGAUGAUGUAAAUACUCGGUCCGUUCCAGUGACCACGAUUAUUUUUAGUUGAUGCUGUUGGGCUGGCGUUUAUCUAGAGUCUAACA